ACAAACGUCCACCUCGCCCGCCAGCGAGCGAGAAGAGCAUCAAUUGCAAGUUGGUCUCUUUUGCAACAUGUCGGCCAACCAACUUAAGCCAGGAAACCGGGUCCUUGUCACCACUGAUUCCUUGUGUCAAUACGAAGGAUUCUUCCGAGCGGUAAAUCGGUCCAAUGGAACCUUCACGCUUACCAAAGUCCGAUCGCUAGGAUCCAAGGAUGGGAGUUUCAGAGCUUCCAAUAAGGUGUACGACUGCGUCGAGUUCGUAGCGGCCGAAGUGGUGAAUUUCUUAGCGCUCGAUGAUGGGGAGGACGGUAUGAGAUCGGAUCCCGCAAUUGUGAGCGUCACUGGCGGAUGGCCCUCCGACGGCUUCAACGGGAGACGACAGCCUUAUCCCCAUGUACGCCGAAGCAAUUCCCAUUACAAUACUCCCUUCGCUCGAUCCCGCUUCCAGCGUGACUUCAAAAACGAUAAUUAUCGCUCCGAGAACACUCACAACUCAUUCAGGAGCGAGCGUUCCGCAGCUCCCCAACGGAACUUCAGGGCACCUCAAGGGAACAAUUAUUGGUCGCAGUUCACCUCACGCAGCCCGCUGCAACGCGAAGGCUCAUUCCCGCAGAAAUUCCCGGGUCAGAAGAAGCCGAUCGGAGAGUACGAUAUCGACAAAGGACUCGAGGAGUUUUCUCGCUUGAAAUUGGACGGAGAGGGAGAAACGCUAAAACAGGAUAAAGGAUACAAUAAAGAGAUCUCGUUCUUCGACACGUUGACCGUCGAUGCGGGAGACCACUUGAAGCAGAGCGAGCCGCGGCAAGUUAGUCCACGCAAGGCCGCUCACAUCGAUCAGAAUGUUGUGACGUUCGGCGAAGACACCGUUCGUUCGCUGAACUUCCUCCGCAAAACAUCCUAUAAUCCAGCUCCUUUCCGUGUUGGUGGAUACAACGGUGGACGUCAUGCUUACGCCUCGGGAGGCUUUCAGCCCCAAAGGCGUUUCAUGCAAAGUAGGGGAACCAUGCGCGGGAAUUAUCUGUGAUUCCUGCGGCAUGUUAAUAGUCGCCCAAGAGCAGCUGUCAAGUCGAGACAAUGUAGUGGCUCCAGUUGACUUCAGUUGAGCUUCGUUAACGACUGGGUCUCUAUUUUCUGCUAAAUAAAUAUAUAUUAUAAAGGGAAG